ACCAAAAUCGAGUAGCCAUUGUCAAUGGAGGUUUAUUUAAGGAAACCAACAUUAUAGAAAAACAAAUUACAUCUUGUUCCCAUUUUAAUAAUUCUUCAUUCUGGAUUUCAUUCAUUCAUAAUAAUAAUACCAACAUAACUUGCUUCUCCAAUUUUCUUGCUUCUUCUUUUUUUUUUUUUUUCUGGAAACCUGAAUUUUGGAGGAAAAAAAAGAGCCAAACAUGCCUUUCUGCGAGGUGAGCAAACGCCAAAACGGUGUGGAUGCAACUAACAAUAAUGGAACCAAUAUUUUUUAUAGAACUUAUGGUCAAGGCCCUGUCAAAGUUCUCUUAAUUAUCGGAUUGGCUGGGACACACAGUUCAUGGUACCCACAAAUCAAGGCACUGGCCGGAACUGUUACACCGAAUGAUGCAGAAUCGCCGGCCGGUGAAGGUGGUGUUGAGGUGUGUGCUUUUGAUAAUCGUGGAAUGGGCCUAAGUUCUGUCCCCACUAAAAAAUCUGAGUAUACCACAAGCAUUAUGGCGAAAGAUGCAAUUGCAUUAAUGGAUCACUUGGGGUGGGAAAAAGCACACGUCUUUGGCCAUUCCAUGGGAGCUAUGAUAGCUUGCAAAUUGGCGGCAAUGGUGCCUGGGAGAAUUUUAUCUUUGGCUUUACUGAACGUCACAGGAGGAGGCUAUGAAUGCAUACCCAGGCUUGAUCGUCAAACUCUAUCAAUUGCUGUCCGGUUUUUGAAGGCAAAAACUCCUGAGCAGAGGGCUGCUGUUGAUUUAGACACCCAUUACUCAAAGGAGUACCUCGAGGAAUAUGUGGGAACUACAACACGAAGAGCAGUAUUAUAUCAAGAAUACGUCAAAGGCAUAUCAGCAUCCGGGAUGCAGUCAAAUUGUGGGUUUGAUGGACAGAUAAAUGCUUGUUGGACUCAUAAGAUAUCACGGGCUGAUCUUGAAUCUAUCUGCUCUGCUGGAUUCCUAAUAUCUGUUAUCCAUGGCAGGGAUGAUGUCAUUGCUCAAUUAGGCCAUGCAAAGAGGCUUGCGAAGAAGUUAUAUCCAUAUGCUAGAAUGGUAGAACUUCACGGAGGACAUCUUGUUAGUCAUGAAAGGACAGAAGAGGUCAAUGACGCACUUCUUGAGUUGAUCAAGGCAUCCGCGAGUAAGAUUAGCCCGCAUGACUGGACAAAUUUGCCGGAGAAAAGGUCUGGAUGGAAUAUUACCCCACUUACAAGAAAAAGCUCUCCAGAAGGAAGCAGAUCGUCUGUCAUGGUUGACAUUGUAGGAAGGCUCCAGAUAUUCUUGGUGUUCUUUUUUGGCCUGUUUAUGUUGGCAUUUGAGUAUAUGCGAAGAGGUGUAAGUCGUCUAAAACCAGUAAGAGUAAACGCAGCCCUCACAUGAAGCAAUGGUGGCAAAUUCAGUCCCACUGGUAACUUAACCGGUGAAAUUAAGCACGGGAUUAAUAUGCUUGAUCCUGUUCUAAGAUGACCACGAAUUAACUGUACAACGUUUUACAUACAAGAAUCGCAUUACGAAAAGAAGGAAAGGAGGACGGAUAAAAUGGCAAAACUACACUGUGCUGACAAAAAGAUCAGCACCAGGCAUUACAGCCCUUGCCACUUUUUAUUUUGUAGUUGGUUAGGUCGCAGAGCAAUUUCUAAAUUUCAAUGUGUCGAGUGCAGAUCAUAUUCCUUUUUCUAAUGAUAAUUAUCUUUUUUGAUGAAUCAAACAAGAAACUGCAGUUCUCUGAUAUUGUACUCUGCAUUAUGCUAAGUCUUAAUACGCCAUAUUCUGAUUCA